AUGGUCACAACAUGGUCCGCGUUCCACGAACACUACGCUCGUCUUAUCGAACCAACACUUCCACAACUACCCCCACAAGCCAAGACUAUCUUCUCCAAGAUUCCUGAAUUAGGCCGCAAAGACGCAGUCUGGUAUAGUUACAGCAAACUUUCGCAGAACCCCCCGUUCAGUAUCGAUGAUCUUGUAACUUUCAUCGAUAUGUACCAACAGUUCCGUUUGCUCAGAGCACAAACACUGGCAUCGGAGCUUUACCGCCUGGCGAAUAUCUACGAAGCCCAUCCUACUCGUCUCAAGGAGCCGUUCGAUCUUAGGGUUCGUGCACCUCACCCACUCAACGCCCAACAUGUUCCUACUCAUAUGCGCCGGCAAGCAAGGAAGAUGAUCAGGAAGGCGAAGAAUGGGAAGUGGAAACGCAGCGAAGGAAGCAUUGUUCGCUUCGCAUGGCCGGCCCUCGUGCCGUACGAGAGCGAGGUGGAAUUGUUCUACCAGGGUCUUGCGAAUACUGCAGAUAUACAAGUCGCGCCGGCCGAGAUCGUGGACAAGUGUCGUGCUGUUAUCACAAAUGCACCAUCUUGGGCGCAAGACAGUACAGAAGGAGAGGUGAAUGCAGUGACGCAUCUGUCUGGGUCGCUGGAGCAACAGCACGUAAGCUUGUAUGGGCCCAAUCCUAAUGUCCGCAUACGAGCUUACCAGGCGGAACAAUCGAGGAGAGCACCUGUAGUCUUGCCUGUUCUUCCGCGUGGAGAUGCGGAGUUAGAAUGGCUAGAGAAUUUCGCAGAGGUGACUGCUUGGAUGAGGGAAAAACUAUCCGAUGAUCUUCAAGAUAGUCAUUGA